AUGAGAUCACUUACACUUCAACUUUUACUUCAGAAACCUUUUAGAAUUAUUACUCCGUCUCGUAGAUAUAUAGGCUCAACUGGCACUUCCUCAUAAAGCAAUCAAACUUCUGCUCCCAAAGUAGACUAUGAGAAGUAUAAGAACUCUAACAUUGAGAAAGUCUUGAAAGAAAAAAAUUAAGAGUUAAAAGAAAAGCAUCAUGACAAAAAGUUUGCAAAGAGCUAUAUAUCCAGAAUGAGUCCAGAUCAAAUAGCUCAGAUUGGAUCAUCAACUCUUCUUGAUAAGUAAUGGGCAGAUAGACCGCUAGGUGUGAUAAAAAAUCCUCAUAAACUCACUGAGAUAGAACUCUACAAAACUUUAGAGAAGAUUGUAGAACUCCCUGAAAAGAGACUCAAACUGAUGCUGACUUAGAACUAGUAGGCAGUGGACGAAGUAUUCAUAGCCAAUGUGAUUUAAAGAAUGCCUUAGUUCUUAACUGCUACCAUAGUUAACAUCACUAAGACUCUGAUGCUGUAGAAGGAUUACUUUAAAGAUCAUAUUAUCUGGAGACCUUUAGAGUAGGAAUUAUAUCGUAGAAGAAAUAAUCUCAAUAAUGAGCAGCUGGCUACUGUGAUUAAUGCCUUUGGUGUCACUGGCAAUGGAUCAAAGACAUUCUUUCAUGAGAUGGAAGAGAUCAUCAUUGACUCUCCUAUAGGCAUUGAAAAUGAGUACCUGCAGAAAAUACUCAUGGGGUAUUCUUAGGUUGAUUUGGGAUCCGCUACUCUCUAUGGACAUAUUGUUGAGAGAAUGCUAAGCAGAGGACUAGAAAAGAUGAGCAUUUAAAACAUAGUGGAGAUAGCUAGACAUUUAAGCAAAGCUACUAAUGUUCAUAAAGCUGGCUAUGGAUUCUAUGAAAAGAUGGAAAAGCAUAUUCAUAAAGAGAUACACGAGGGAAGAGUCACCUUUCCUGAUCUUUGUAAUAUAGUUGAGAAUAUCUUACCAGCCAAUAUUGGAUCAAAUAAGUUUCAGCAAGAGUUAGAGGACUUCAUCUUGAAUAAAUUUGAAUCAGAUAACUUGCAAAUCGUGAGUGAUUUGAUCAAGGGAAUCUCUCUGUAUAAAAUUAAGAACCCUGAUCUGGAGAAUCUGAUCUACAAAACAGUUGCCAUCAACAUUAAUGAAUUCACUUUGAAACAGCUAGAGACUUUGAUUUGGGCAUUCUCUAGAAAUCACAAAUCAAUUUACGAAGAGAAGAAGUAUUUGAAAUUUAUUGACUUGCCUGAUUAUCAGAAGUUUACUUUAGAAAAACUGAUUGAUAGAGUGAGGACUAAAGCUCCAACAAUGAAGGCCAGAGGAGUAGCAUUCGCCAUUGAGAGUAUCUAAAACCUAGACUAUCGUAAUGAGGACACCUUCAAGAAAUUGGAAAGAGUUGUUCUCUCUAAAUUGGAAGAGUUAAUACCACAUUAUUUAGUCAAGGUAUUAUCAAGCUAUUUUAAAAUGGGUUAUGGCUCAGGUGAACUAUACGAUAAACUGAUAAGUAAAAUUAUAGAGUCAAUAAAUGAAGAGGGAACUAUGAAGUACUCUGACAUGCUCAGGUUCUUCGAGAUAUUCCCGGAAGUCAGUUAUAUCUAUGACAACAGCAUGUCUGAGGAGAUAUAUCUUACUUUUCUUAACAAAAUUCAAGCUGUGAUAAAAGAUAAAAAGUUCCCGACAGAAGAUCUAUGCAGAGUCUUUAAUAUACUUGUGAGAAUAUCACCUUAUUAGCCUUAGAAAAAUCUACCAGAGUAGUAGAAAUUUAUGGCUGAACUAUUAGGCAGGCUGAGAUAAUGCAUCUAUGAUAUUCCUAAGGAAAAUUUCGCUUCCACUUUGAGCAAUAUGAUUGAAUACUAGUAACAUGAAAUCGCAAAGAAAUUCGUGUUUAUCGUACAGGAAUGCGUAAAGCUCGGCAAGUUAAUGACUGAAUUUACUAAGCCAGAGGAAAGAAUUGCUCUAUUCUGGUCUCUAAUGCAGAUUGAAAAAUCCUGCACAGAUCCUACUAUCAUCAAUGAGGACAACCUUGCAUUCCUGAAUGAUAUAGACCCAAACGCUCUGAGUCCAAGGAACUUCCUACUGUAUAAAUAGUUGAUUUGCCUUGUUUAAAUGUUCUGGAUGCAAACUGGCCAGGAGUUUAAGAUAUUGCAGUUCGAUAAGAUAUAUGAAAGAAUUACACUCGGCAUCUCAGUGGAAAGAAGGGAGGAAUUCAUCAAUGAGGAUCCAGCAACAAAGGUUAAUUAGCAACUUAGCAAUGACUUGUUUAGAAUCAUCAAAAAGUCAAAUAUAUUCAAAGAAGUAACAUAAAACUUAUCAGAUGAUUUGAUGAAUCUUAUCAACAUAGCUUGUGUGCCUUAGUAGGCCCUAGGUGAAGAGUAAUAGCUUGUAGGCAUUAUUCUCAUUAACAAGAACUCAUUCAUCUCAACCAUCAUUGAUGACUAGCCUAUAAUAAGACGAACAGUUGAUCUCAAGUAGGAUAUUCUUGUAGAUUUAUUUGGAUGGAAUUUAAUGUUUAUUGAUGAGAGUGAUUUACUUGGCAAGACCUAAGAGGAGAAGCAGGCUUAUAUUUUCGAUAAAAUGGGUAUCAAGGAGAUUUAAGCUGCUGCUUCGAAGAGUUCUAAGGAUGACACUAAUAAUGAGUAAGUUAAGCAUGCUUAAGAUUCCAAGCAUUUUGAAGUAACUGCAGAUCUCGAGGGAGAGGAAAAGCAGGAAAGAAAAGGUGGUAGGAAAGUAAGGAAACCUAAUUGCAAAACUAAUUAAUGUUGA